UAUUGACAUAUUGUGCUAAGGUAAAAGACAGAAAGAAAGUCGUCCUCAAUUUGACAAAUUAGGAGCCAUCAUUCAUGUUAUUUACUCCACAAUUACUUAUCCUUUUCACUCUCACAUCUGUUCCCACUCCCCCCAAAAUCUCAAUGAUCCAACAUUUGCAAGUGUUCUGUAAACUCUUCCUUCCUCUCUGAUUCAGAGAAUCCAUAUUCUUCCUCGUACCAUGACAUAGAAAAGUCCUUCCCUAAGACAAUAACCUUAUUUUCAUCAAUUCCUAAAAACAACAUGGUAUUAGUAUUACCAUUCUUUACCACCAUCUUACACAUCUUAUUGUAUCUUCCAUCAUCAUCAUCAUCCGGGGUUGAAUCAGGAGGAUUCUGCACCAAAUCAUGCGGAGGAAUCAUACACGACGACAUUCCCUUCGCUUUCGGGUUCUCACCCGGGUGUGAAAUCCAGCUGAAUUGCACGUCAAACGGCACCAUGGUCAUUCACGAUUUCCCAAUCCAAGAAAUCAACCAGCACAACAUAUUAGUCAACCUUCAAGCCCAAUGCGGGCGAUCCAUCCGGACCAUCGAUGCUCUGUUCGGGUCAAACUACGCUCCGACUUCUCACAACGGGAUUCUCAUGGAAAACUGUAGUUCCUCGCUCGGGUCUUGCGUUCUCCCGACCACUAUGGUGAAAACCCAUUUCGAGCUUCUUAAUUGUGAUAAUCAGAACAGCUCUAAUAUGAGCUGUUACUCGGAGACCAAUAACCAGAGCCUUUUCAUCAAUUACCAAAAUCUGAUGAACAGCCGCUGUGAUUACCUGUUUUCGGCCAUCUCCGUUGAGUCUUUCGGGUGGAAUUUGUCUUCGGUAUCUCUUACGGUUCAGCUGGUUCAGUUGGGAUGGUGGGUUCAGGGAGAUUGCCAGUGCUCUAAGAAUGCAAAUUGUACGGAUUUAACCCCGGCCUUGGACGGAAAACAGGGGUUCCGGUGCCAAUGUUUAGAAGGGUAUGUCGGAGAUGGUUACUUAGCCGGUUCCGGCUGCCGGAGAGAUUCAUCGAAUUGCAAUCCAGCAAAGUACCUUUCGGGCCAAUGUGGAGGAACAACUAGAGUUGGGGUUCUAGUUGGAGGCAUUGUUGCUGGUGCUGCUUUGAUGGUAGGUGUUGGCCUAAUCUGCUGCUGUCUUCGAAGGCGUUCGAAAUCGAAAAUCAGGAACAGAACAAGGCGUGAAUUAUGUGAAGCUACUGGACUAAUAAACAUUCCAGUGUAUCACUACAAAGAAGUAGAGAAAGCCACUGAUUCAUUCUCUGAGAAAAGAAGGCUAGGGACUGGUGCAUAUGGUGCAGUGUACUCAGGAAAGUUGCACAAUGAUGAAUGGGUAGCAAUCAAGAGGAUUUGGCACCGAGAAACUGACAGCAUUGAUCAAGUCAUAAACGAAAUCAAACUCAUUUCUUCGGUCAGCCACCCGAAUCUUGUUAGGCUAUUAGGCUGCUCGAUUGAAAAAGGUGAACAGAUUUUGGUAUAUGAAUUCAUGCCUAAUGGAACUUUAUCUCAGCAUUUGCAAAGAGAAAGAGGCAAUGGGCUACAAUGGCCGGUUCGGAUCACCAUCGCGGCUGAAACUGCUCAAGCAAUAGCUUAUCUUCACAAUUCCGUCCAUCCCCCAAUCUAUCACAGGGACAUCAAAUCAAGUAACAUCCUCCUGGACUAUGAUUACAAGUCAAAAGUCGCGGAUUUUGGACUUUCAAGACUUGGUAUGGUCGAAUCCUCUCACAUUUCAACUGCACCACAGGGGACUCCUGGAUAUCUUGAUCCUGAAUACCAUCAGCAUUUCCAUUUGUCUGAUAAGAGCGACGUUUACAGCUUUGGUGUUGUCCUGCUGGAGAUCAUAACCGGACUAAAAGCAGUUGAUUUCAACAGGCCGAAACACGAUAUCAACUUGGCUAAUCUUGGAGUAGACAGGAUUGGAAAGGGAUGUUUGGACGAAAUAAUUGAUCCCUUUCUUGAGUCAGAAAAGGAUCCAUGGACCCUUUCAUCAAUACAUAAAGUUGCAGAAUUGGCAUUCAGGUGUCUUGCAUUUCAUAGGGACAUGAGGCCAUCUAUGAUGGAAGUGGCAAUCGAAUUAGAACAGAAUAGGCUAAGCAAAUGGGCAGUUCCAGAGGAGAUCAACUUCACAGGGACCAGGCUGUCAUCAGAGGUAUCAUCAUCUUCUUGUUCUUCAUCAUCUUCUGCUUGUGAAAAACCGCUAAAUAUGACCGUCAAGAAUAAUCCAGAACUGGGAAAAUGCCUCAAAGCUAGUAAGAACAACAGCUUGAAUUCCCCUGUGUCUGUACAACAUUCAUGGCCAAGUGAACAAAGUUCACCCUCGUCAAAUAGUUUGCUAAAUCAUGUAGUUCCUUAAGCUAACACAUGUAAUGAUGUUCAUCUAUCUUGAUACUUUCCUUCGAACUUUUGUGUAAUUAGUGACAUUUUAUCGUUUCGUUAUGGUUUUUUUAAUUACUUUGAACUUUGUCAUAAACUUGUGAACUGAGUAAUUAACUGUCCAUAUGUAUAUGAAAGCCUUUAAAAAGGUUUUUUUUAUAUAUAUAAAAAAAAUUGUUAAAGAGGA